AUGCGAUCCACUCGCAUCCAAAUGCUUCUCCUCCAGAAUGUCCUUCUCUGUAUUUGCGUUUAUGUCGCUUUUCCUUGUUCCAUGCUAAAGCCUACCUUUUCGUUCCUCCUUCUCAGGUCUGAUGAUGGCGCGCUUUACGUGUCCGUCGCGAUCGGUUGGAUUGCAUUGAUCUGGUAUGCGUUCAUACUGGCAGUUUGCGGGCUGGGGUAUUUUCAGAUAUGGAAAUAUUUCCUCAGCCAGCCGUACCGGUCUCACCUAACGAAUGCCUCUGAUGUGCCGCACGUCACCGUCAUCCGGCCCGUCAAGGGUCUUGAGCCGCACCUCUAUGACUGUCUUGCUGCCACCUUUCGACAGGAGUAUUCGCGUGACAAGUUCAGCAUUUGUCUGUGCGUAGCGACGCGCGAUGACCCAGCCUACCCUACCCUCUGCAAACUAAUCGCCGACUUUCCACAAGUCGACGCACGGAUUUUUGUCGAAGAUGAAGAUCCGCUUUUGCAGCAAGACGGCAUCAAUAAAUACACGCUCGGACCAAACCCCAAAAUCCGGAAUAUGAGCCGCGCAUACCGCGAAGCGAAAGGAGAUAUCGUCUGGAUCAUUGAUUGCAAUGUCUGGGUCGGUAAGGGAGUCUGUGCUCGGAUGGUGGAUAGGCUGUGCGGGACUGGACCAUCGUCGAGCAAGAAGUACAAGUUCGUGCACCAUCUACCCGUGGCCGUAGAUGUGACCGGAGAGAAAAGCCUGCGCAAAGAGCGACAGGCGCUCGUGGAUGCCAACCCGCAAUCUACGGAUGCCGAUGCAGCAGCCGCAGCGAUGCCGUCCGUCCGUCCGGAGGAUGGAGCUGCAGCCAUGAUUGGGACUGGAGGCGGUCGCUUGGAAGAGCUAUUCCUGUCCUCCGCACACGCGAAGAUGUACACCGCGAUUAACACGGUUCUCGUUGCGCCGUGCAUCGUGGGAAAAUCCAACAUGUUCCGCCGCUCCCAUCUCAACUAUCUCACCGAUCCCUCGGUUUCAGGUUCCCGGGAUCGCCAUCCCGGCAUCGAUUUCUUCUCCGACAACAUCUGCGAGGACCAUCUGAUCGGUGAUCUGCUGUGGAAGAAGCAGGUGCGGGAAGAGAAAGAGCUCCGCGAGCGUUGGGGAAAGCAUGCCAUGGUUUUCGGUGACAUGGCUAUUCAGCCUGUUGCCAACAUGAGCGUGCCAGCAUACAUCGCCCGUCGUGUGCGGUGGCUGCGAGUCCGGAAAUUUACUGUGCUGCUCGCUACGCUUGUCGAACCAGGCACUGAGUCAUUCCUUUGUACAUUCUAUGGCGCAUGGGGCGUCACCACUGCCUUGGUACCGUAUCUUGAGCGGAACGGUGUGCAGCUUGCUAGCCAUCUUGGAACGUGGAGUGCAUUUUUUGUGCUGUUCGCACUUGGCAUUAUAUUCUGGAUCCUAACCGAUUGGACAUUGUAUAUUAAGCUGCAUUCAGCAAAAUGCAUCGAGUUGGAUGAGGAUACUCCAGCUUUCGCUCAGCCUCAACGCUGUCGAUCAUCCCAAACUACUCGUCGCCCGUUCAUGCAAUGGUUUGGCGCUUGGCUCGGCCGCGAACUGCUGGCCCUGCCCAUCUGGACCAUGGCGGUGUAUGGCGGCGUGACAGUCGUCUGGCGAGACCGGCGCUUUAAGGUCGGCUUCGAUGCAAAAGUUCGGGAGAUCGAUCCCCCUACUCUACCUGCGGAUGUUUUGUCUUCUACCACAACGGUAACGGGAAAGGUCCGCAGUGAUUGA